UGCACACAAUAUGGCAUGGCGGCGACAGCGGCGGCAGCUAUCCGAGGUGGUAUAUAUAAGGUUGCUGCGGACGAGGUCGGGACCGCAUUCCGAUCCGAGACCCGACAGCAGCUACCUAAGAGGCUCGUCCGCGGGAGAGAACGACGCACACCUGGUCCACCGCCGCCGCCGCCGCCGCCGCCGCAGUCGUCUAGUCUGCCCACACGUCUUCCGGCACACUCUAGUGCGGAUCGUCCACCAGUUAUGUGCCGAGCGUUACGCCGUCAGCAUCCGCAAAUGGCUCCGCAGCAGAAGACCAACUACGCCAACCGGCUCGACAGUCUGAAACAAGUUUUGAAACCGUGCCGGGACAACAACGCCAACUGUCUGCGGGCCAUCACCAGGUCGGCCCGGGUGAACCUGAACAAGCAUUGGAAGAGCCUGGAGAACCUGUUCGUGGCCGGCCGCGACCACAAGGAACGCGCGCAGAACGUGGCCAACGAGAGGCUGGAGAACUGGGAGAACGCGAGACCGACGGCGAACGACGAGGCCUCGGACGCGAUCGAGAAAAUGCGUCACCUGCGGGUCGACCGCUGAACCUGCUGUUCGUUCCGUCUGAUUAUAGGGGGGGGGGGAGAAUUUUUCUAUUCGAACUAUGAAAAUUAUUUAUUUAUCGUCGUCGCGCGAACGAGCGUGGCGGCCACUCGUACCUCGUGUCUUUCAUCGUUUUUUUAUUAAUAUUUAUUUUUAUAUUUACCAUUUAACGCACUCGCACCAUUGUAUUGUACACCUUAAGCACCAUAUUGCACGCACCAUAUAUUAUACUGCAUCAUAUCACUUGCACUCGUUAUCAUAAGCAGCACCACUUCGCACAUGUAACACGCACUUUUAGCACUAACACGCACGUGACUAACACUUAGUUAUAACAUUAUAGUAUUUGUCGCACUCGUUAUUUGAAUAUUCUGUUGUUCGAGCACAUAACACAUUGUACUAUUAUAAUAAAAUCGCACCCCGUUUAGACUAGUUAAGGAACGUUUUUAUCUUCCACACCGUUCGCACACUGCUGUGCAUGCACGUCAGUCCGAAUCGAGUGCAUCGGAACGUAAAAAACAUGUAACAUAACAUUAUAAUACGAUAAGGCCCGUGUAAUCACUGGUGAGAGUAGAUCUAUAACGUACGUCUUCCAAAGUAUAAUAUUAGCAUUUAUGGACCCAUGGCGUUCAAAAUGUUAAUUUAUAUUCAUUAGUAUUAGUAUUAUUAUUAUUACGAUUGUUGUUGAACCCGUCCCAACGGCCGAUAUGUAGUGAAGUAAGAAUUUAUUUUACGCUAUUGUUAUACCACUAUGUGUGUAUACAUUUGUAUAGUUAUGUUUAAAGUUGUUCACCCGAUGACUGAGAUUUAUAUCACCUUUUUAUUAUUUUACGAACGAUUGCUCAAGAAGUAACCGAGUCCAUCCAUUUAUGUUUGUACAUAUACUAUUAUACGUUAAGAAAAACAUUAUACAUUUAUUUAUUAUACAUUUUUUUUGUUUCGACACAUAUUCUACUAUGACAAAGUUUAUGAAGUAAUCAUUAUAAUAUUUUUUUCA